UUAAUUUUAAUCUUUUUUUUCAUGUCCAAAGAUCUUUUUAUUGAAGAUAAAACUCCCCUUCCUAAAGAAGGAUAUGUUGACUUUUUCUAUGUUGGAGCAAAAGAUGUCAAUAAAUGUUUGAAAGUGGCUUUUGCUAAAGUUGUGAUGGAAGGAUUGAAUGUUGAAAAAAUGUCUCCUGAAGGAGAGGACCAUAAAAGGAGUGAUUAUGCUAUUUAUGUGGAAAAUACAAAUGUGAGAGAUUUGGAGAAAAAUAAAUGAGGUUUU